CGGUGACGCGAUGUCGGUGGCGCCGGCGGUAAAGCGCGAGCGCGACUGUGCGAGCGGGGGCGGGGGACCCGUGGUGGGGGCGGGGGUCGGGCUCGUCGGAGACGCUGACGGAGGAGGAAGCCCUGGCCGGAAAAGAAGGAAACAAGCGGCACCGGCGCGAGCUCCUCAACCGCCGCUGGAUCUACACGCUAAGAUGGCCGACAUCUACAAGAGCGCCCUGGCCUUCGGGGAACUCACUCUGCCCACCUUCGACCCGCUAGCGGCGUUCAGACUGCUGCCGCGACACGAUCCGCCGCGCAUCUUCAACCCGGAGGCGUACUGCGACCUGUGCUGCAAGGAGUUUUGCAACAAGUACUUCCUGAAGACCCAUCGCGCCAACAAGCACGGAAUAUAUGACGGAGAACAGCAGCCGCAUCCCGGACUACCCUCCCAGCCACAGAUCUCGCCACCACGGAGAGCCUCGGACGAGGAGUCGGGCGGCACUCCCAGACGCCUAUCUCCAGAUUCGGCGAGAAGAGCUCGGGAGGCGGCCUUCCAACCGGACGUCCUCAGGCGACUUGGAGUGACGAAUCCGGAAGCAUUUUGCGAAAUUUGCUGUAAAGAGUACUGCAACAAAUACUUCCUGAGAACUCAUCGCGAAAGAAGACACGGCGUGACCGCCCACCGGUCACCCGUCGCCGAUAGAUCGCCGGCCGCCGCCACGCCACCGAUGAUGACUCCGCAUUCCAUGUCACCUCACGCCCCGACGCCCCCGCGGGCCUUUUCCCUACCGCCGCCGUUUGAUCCCGAGGAGCCGCUGGAAGUGAAACGAGAACAAGAAGACCGAGAAGACUUUGAGGCGGUGCUGCGCGAGGGACAGACGAGCCCCUUGAACCUGAUCGUGGAGGAGCGCAGCGCCGCGUCCCCGGGCUCCGCCAGUGAGGAGCUCCGGAAGCUGCAGACGAUGAUAUCGCAGCUGAACGAGCUUGCGGCGGAACGGCUGGCCGAGGAACCGAGUGAAGCGCCCCGUCCGCCGUCAUCAUCACCGCCGCCGCAGGACGAACGACGGUCGGGCGGAGCCGGCUCUAGUUUUUGUGAAAUUUGCAAUAAAGAAUUAUGUAAUAAAUAUUUCAUGCGCACCCACAUGCAGCGUAUGCACGGAAUAUCUCUAGAGAGCGGCACCCAGCUCGGCGGCGUUACGUGCGAUAUAUGUCACAAGGAGUUGUGCAGCAAAUACUUCCUCCGUGUCCACAAACACAACACGCAUGGCAUCCCCGCGCCCCCUGCGCCGGCCAACGCCGCGCCGGCCGAGCCCUGUCCGCUGUGCUCGAGACGCUUCAGGGGUCCGCGAGCUCUCCGAGCACACCUGCUAGCGGAACACGCUCCGCCGACGAGGCCGCCCCCGCCGCCGCCGAUGCCUCCGCGGCCUCUGGACCUGCUCGCGAGAGACAAACCGUACGCGUGCUCCUACUGCCCCUUCACCACCGAGGUGCUCGCGUUCCUGUUUGCUCACGAACGAGCUCACGUGCAGCGAGCCCAGGAGCAGGCGGAGGGCGGAGAGAUGGAGGGAGACACCGGCGCGGAGGAGCCGAACGAGAGCGUCGAGCCGGCCGGCGAGGUGGAGAGCGACACGGAGGCGUACUCCUGCUCGCGGUGCGAGUUCCGCGCAGAGAGCUUCGCGGCGCUGGAGGCGCACGUGCGGGCGACCCACGGCGGUGCGGGGGCGCUGCUGGCCGUGCCGCGGGCGCCGCGCGCUCCGCUCACCAUGCAGCCGUUCGUGCUGGAGGAGGCGGGCGGCGCGCUCAGCCUGCUUCCGGCGUUGGUGUUCCUGCCGGUGCGCCGCCGUGCCACGCGCCGCGCCACCGUCACGCUGACGCUGACGCCCGCCUAG